AUGCCUCUCCUUGUCCGCCCAGCAACCGAAGCCGAUAGCACCAGGAGUGGCAUAAUCGGCCGAGACGCCUUUCGCGACAUCUUUCACGAGUCCCUUUUCCCUCCACACCUAGCUCACAAGUCGGAAACCGGCGAUCUUGAACUGGAUGAGGCGCAAUGGCGCACCACGAGGAACCUGAGGCGCAUACGGGAUGGCCAGCCAACAUUCGUAGUUCUCGACGCUGCUGAGGACGCGAGCACUGCCGAAGAAGUUGUUGCAGUCGCGCACUGGCAGCCCCCUUUGCAAACGCCGCCGUCAGCAGCUGCAACCUUCGCAACCAAGGACCCUGUGCCUGGGUCGUUGGACUUGAAGAAGGCAGAAGAGAUUUUCCGGGUGAUGACGGAUGAAACAACGAAAGUGCUCGGGCCAGACUGGCACGAGAACACGUGGUUCCUCGUGCACCUCGCCGUCGAUCCCAACCAUCAGCGCCGAGGUAUUGGGAAGAUGCUUGUGCGGUAUGGGCUUGAUCUGGCUCAAAAGGAUGGGAAGGACGCUUUCUUGAUCAGCACCCCCGCGGGUCGAGGCAUGUACCGGUCCGUGGGCUUCCGAGACGUAGGGGAACCCUUCCCUAUCUGUGGCAUUCCUCAUUACCCGAUGAUGUGGACCAAGCCGGACCCAACUCUGGUUUAA